CCCAGCUGCAGUUCUCAUCUGCAGCUCUGGCAUUUACCCGAGGAGACCACAACGCCUGGAGCCCCCGUCAUCGUCCCAAGGAGGCUCUGUGGCUCUGUUGAAAAUCAUGCUUGGGAGGCAGAUCAUCUGUUGGCACCUGUUGGCUUUGUUUUUUCUCCCCUUUUGCCUGUGUCAAGAUGAAUACAUGGAGGUGAGCGGAAGAGCUAAUAAAGUGGUGGCGAGAAUAGUGCAGAGCCACCAGCAGACUGGCCGUAGCGGCUCCAGGAGGGAAAAAGUGAGAGAGCGGAGCCUUUCUAAAACGGGGACUGUGGAUAAUAACACUUCUACAGACCUAAAAACUCUGAGACCAGAUGAGCUACCGCACCCAGAGGUGGAUGAUCUAGCCCAGAUCACCCCGUUCUGGGGCCAGUCCCCACAAACUGGAGGACUGCCUCCAGAUUGCAGCAAGUGUUGUCAUGGAGACUACAGCUUCCGAGGCUAUCAAGGACCCCCUGGACCUCCAGGCCCUCCAGGCAUUCCAGGAAACCAUGGAAACAAUGGAAAUAAUGGAGCCACUGGCCAUGAAGGGGCCAAAGGUGAGAAAGGAGACAAAGGUGACCUGGGUCCUCGAGGGGAGCGGGGGCAGCAUGGCCCCAAAGGAGAGAAGGGCUACCCAGGGAUUCCACCAGAACUGCAGAUUGCAUUUAUGGCUUCUCUGGCAACUCAUUUCAGCAAUCAGAACAGCGGGAUUAUUUUCAGCAGUGUUGAGACCAACAUUGGAAACUUUUUUGAUGUCAUGACUGGCAGAUUUGGGGCCCCUGUAUCAGGUGUGUAUUUCUUCACCUUCAGCAUGAUGAAGCAUGAAGAUGUGGAGGAAGUACAUGUGUACCUUAUGCACAAUGGAAAUACAGUUUUCAGCAUGUACAGCUAUGAAACAAAGGGAAAAUCAGAUACAUCCAGCAACCAUGCAGUGCUGAAGCUUGCCAAAGGGGAUGAAGUUUGGCUAAGAAUGGGCAAUGGUGCUCUUCACGGGGACCACCAGCGCUUCUCUACUUUUGCAGGCUUCCUGCUCUUUGAAACUAAGUAAACUGAUGAAUACAACAGCUCCACUUCAGAGAAGACUUGUAGCUGAGUUGGUAUUGUUAGUAUCUAAGAAACUUACCAUCUUGAGGGCUCUACAAUAUGUAUCUACAAAAACAAUUAUUAGUUACACUGCUAUCAUGCUACAAGUCCACUAAUAAUGUUGGAUUACUCAGGGGCUCAGAUAAAUAAAUUACAAUGUUGUCUUCCCAGAUGGCCUUGACAAAUAUACUUAGUACCUCUGUCACUCUUCCCUAGGUAGCUAAAAUAGAAUUGUUCUUUGAUGCAGGUUAGAAUUAAUUGCUUCCAUCACAGGAAUCAUUGCAGGACUGUUGGUGUUAUUUGUAACUUUAGCUUUCAGGAGCCCCUGAAAUUUUGAGUUCAUUAUUCUUUAUAAUAUUGUAGAGAAUAGGACACAGGGAUCAUGUUGGGGCAGGGGCAAGAAUAUGGGUGCUAGGCACUAGAAUCAUAUGUACAGUCUGGACUGGGAAAUAACAAUUUGAUCAAGUGGGUCAAUAUUCACAAAAUAUAGUUAAUUUUUUAAAAAAGCAAGUCCAGAUAGCUUUUAUAUGGUAAAAGUAUUUAUAAUGCCUACAAAUAAUUGGCUUUUUUUUUUUUUUUUGGUACUGGGGAUGGAACUUGGGUUCUUGUGCUUGCCCAGCAAGUGGCAAAACCACUGAGCUAAAUCCCCAGCUUGGCUCCUUCUUUUUGUAAAGGUGUUCCUGUAAUUAACUCUUGACUUGUAAUGGUUUGCACUUUUAGAAACAAAUUUUUCUCAAUAUAUAAAAUUGGGCUUAUCAGAUCUGGCUUAUUAAAUUGAUUUUUUUUUAUUUUUUUAUAAUACACUCUUUGAAUUACAGUACCUUUUUGUUGACCCUGAGUUGCGCAAUCCAGUUAAGGCAAGCUUAGCUCAAUAUAAGACAGAUAGUAGCACAUUCUUUUCUAUUAAUUUGGAAAUUACCCCCAAUAUAUUUGUUUUAUAUAUACUAUGUCAUAUUGAAGGGACUGUGUACAGUGUCAAAACUAAUGCAUAUAAAAUGUAUGGACAAUCCAUUUGAGAGACACACAAGAAAAUAUCUUUACAUUUCAUUCAAUAAAAAAUGAUAUUGUUGCAGGAUUCUUGCACCCAGAGUUGGGACACCAAGGCUCUUUCCAGGAAGUAGCUUUACUUGUACCAGCAUGGGCCCAGUGGCUUUGGAUCUGUAUCCAAAUGCUGAACACCCAGCAUUGGGGGCAGGGGUCAUGCCCUUUACAUAUAUCUGAGAUCUUUGUCUACCUUAUAUGGUAACACAUAAACAAACCACAGCAGGAUUAGGUACACUGUAUGUUACAGAGCCAAGCUAGCACUGCACAUGUGUACAUAGGAACUAAUUGUGCCUGGUUAACUUCCUGUACUCUAAGAAGGUCUACAUUCUUUGAAGGCCCACAUUCCUCAAGGGGGAGGUUCUGCCACAUUCUUUAGGGAGGGAUCCUGCCACAGUAUGACUUCCUAGAUUACCAUAUUUAAGUAAUGUUCAUAGAGCAGUUUUUUUUUCAAGAGAGCAGUUUUGAUAUACCAGGUGUUUUAGGACAUAUCAUUUGGCUUUUGCCUAACUUGCACAUCAAAAUCUAUCUUCAAAGGAUAAAAUCUGCCACUAAAAUAAUUACAAAACGUGCCAUAAGUGCUGAAGAUGGGAUCCACAGAUAGUACUAAAGUUUGUUUCAAAAAAAGAAUCAUUGGAAUAUAUAUUUACUCUAUUGAAUUAUAUUUAAAAUGCACUGAGAUGUCUACUGAAAGAAAUAUUAUGUAAUGAUUUACCUUUGAAGCAAUGAGCCCUUAUUUCAUUUUCUGUUAGAACUUGAAUUUCCACAUAGGCAUUUAAACUAUAGAUUUCCCUGUAUUAAUCAACCUAUAGCUAGAGGCUAAAGAUUUAGUAGGGCUCCCUCAUUAGCUAAUUCAGUACUCUUAAUGCUCAGUUCAGCCUUUGAUCCUUUACUUUUGAUGCAGAAAUGUGUUUAAACCCUUCCUGAAUCCAUGUGUAAUGCUCCAUUAAAGUGAAUGGAUAUUAGCUACCAUGUGCUCAAUAAGUAAUAUUUUGUGAUUUUUGGAUAUAUUCCUUUCCUCCAGGGCUGUGGGUCAUGAGAUUGAGGUUUUCUAUGUCAAAUGUCUUCAUAUCUCACAGAAAUGCAUUGCCAAUAGGUAUUUGAAUGUUGCAUGUUGACCAAAGAGAUUUAAUAUCUGAAGAGUGUAUACUACCUAAUAAAUGCCUAGAGGAAGAUUUUGGCCUGGCUUUACAUAAAAUUGUAGCAAGAAUGCAUUGAAUAUGUAUACAAAAUAAAGAUACCUUUGUUAAAUGUA